UCUAUAGAGUCAAAUGUAGUGUUUUCAAAAACAGAUCAAUUCGUCGCAGUUGCAUGUUGUUGAAAUAUGCAUUUAUUAAAAUACCCAAGUCAGAAGUCAAUAAAACGCCCACGUCAGCGUUAGUUAAUAAUAAACGCACAGUUAUUGCGAAAAACGAAAGUUCAUUCAUAGAUAAGAUGGAUGGAACCUCAGAUUUGUUUUGGCAGGCAAUGCUGUUUACGCUUCUUGCAAUUAUAAUAGCAGCAGUCUUUAUGGGAAGAAAUAAAGCUCCUGCGCCGUCAAAGUGCUUCCAUCAAACUAGCGCUGUUGUGGAGGAGAGAGCUGGUCCAGACCCUGGAGCUUCCACACAGUAUCAUGAAAAACAAAAUAAUGAAAGCAAUCAACAGGACAUUCCGCCAAAAUCUAAUGCAAAGAGCCUCAAAGCCAAAGAUAAAACUAAACUUGUAAAGGAUUCAAACUCAGAUAAUGUGGAAAAAGUUUGCAAGUCAGAUUCUCCAGUUCACACCUCCAGUGGUUGGGGAGAGGAUUCCUCCGAGUCUGGGAUAAGGAAUGCCUUGAGGGAUUAUGCUCAGUCACCUGAUGCUGAGAAGAAACCCUUGAGGUACAUGGCUGGCAUGCUGAGGACCUGCCAGCUUGAGAAGAUGAUGACCAGAGAAGAACUGGAGGAAGAGCAGAGGGUUCAGCGAGAGCAGUUAGCUGCCAUCUUUCAGCUGCUCAGAGACAAACAAGACACGUUUGGUGAGGUGACAGAGAGUGAUUUACAAGAACAGCUUAAACUCUAUUCUAUUUGAGAGUGUGGUUAUGUGGAUUAUAGAUGCAAAUACCAUUUUAAGGAGAGUUCAAGU